AUACACAACCGAACGCAGGGUCGCGAGGAACGACAGGCGCACACACCAGAGGUCCGAUGGGGGGACUGCAGCUGGUGGAGUCUCCGAUAGCCCUCCGUCUUGUCUCCGCCGCUUCCCGGCCGCGCCGUCGCCUCUCCCUGGCGACCUUUGGCCAUGGCCUCCGCCCCUUUCGCGGUUGCAACGGCAUGAUAUGUGUCAGCAAAGCUAGGCAAACUCAUGUUGAAGUAUCUUCAACUUAUCUUUACAAGCUGACAUCGCCAAAGAAAGUAAAGUUUUCAACAAGAAGCACAUCAGCUUCAGUCCAACCUAUGACUCAAGACAUCACAGAAGAUAUGCAUAAGGACUACCCUAUUAGUGGGGAUGAAAUACGUACUCGUUUCCUUAAUUUUUAUGCUUCGAGAGGUCACAAGAUACUCCCAAGUGCAUCUCUUGUACCAGAUGACCCUACAGUUUUGCUUACUAUUGCUGGCAUGCUGCAGUUUAAGCCUAUAUUUCUUGGCAAGGAACCCCGAAGUGUGCCAUGUGCUACAACAUCUCAACGGUGCAUAAGAACAAAUGAUGUUGAAAAUGUGGGUAAAACAACUCGACAUCAUACUUUCUUUGAGAUGCUUGGAAACUUCAGCUUUGGUGAUUAUUUCAAGAAGGAAGCAAUCGUAUGGGCAUGGGAACUUACAACCAAGGAGUAUAAAUUGCCUCCUGAAAGAUUGUGGAUUAGUGUUUUCAAGGAUGAUGAUGAAGCUUUCUCUAUAUGGCAUGAUGAAGUUGGUGUACCUAAGGAACACAUCAAGAGACUGGGUGAGGAUGACAACUUUUGGACCAGUGGUAUCACAGGACCUUGUGGCCCUUGCUCUGAGAUUUACUAUGAUUUUCAUCCUGAGAGGGGUUCUGAAAGUGCUGAUCUGGGUGAUGAUAGCAGAUUUAUUGAGUUCUACAAUCUAGUAUUUAUGCAAUACAACAAGAAGGAUGAUGGUUCCCUUGAGCCCUUAAAGCAAAAGAACAUAGACACGGGCAUGGGACUUGAGCGUAUGGCUCGAAUUCUUCAGCAGGUUCCAAACAACUAUGAAACAGAUCUCAUUUUCCCAAUCAUACAGAAGGCAGCAAAUUUGGCAAUGAUUUCAUACGCUAAAGCAGAUGAUGCUACAAAGACCAACCUUAAAAUUGUUGGUGAUCAUAUGCGUGCAGUUGUUUAUCUUAUUUCAGAUGCAGUUCUACCAUCAAAUAUUGGGAGAGGUUAUGUUGUCCGGAGGCUUAUAAGGAGAGUUGUUAGAAUAGGUAGAUUGCUGGGUAUAAAGGGUGCUGGUGAGGGGAAUCCAGAUGGAGCUUUUUUGCCAGGACUUGCCAAGAUAGUGAUAGAACUUAGUAACCAAAUUGACCCAGAUGUCACAGGAAGGAUGCCUCAUAUUCUUGAAGAGCUUAAGAGGGAAGAGCUGCGCUUUGUGCAGACUCUGGAGAGAGGAGAAAAGCUAUUGGAUCAGUUUCUUGCUAGUGCUUUAUUAAAUGCUAGCACAAAUGGUGACAGACCUUGUCUGGCUGGAAAAGAUGUGUUUCUUUUGUAUGACACAUAUGGAUUCCCAGUGGAGAUAACGGCUGAAGUUGCUGAAGAACGUGGAGUUAGUCUAGAUAUGAAUGGUUUUCACAUUGAAAUGGAAAACCAACGGCGACAAUCCCAAGCUGCUCAUAGUACAGUGAAACUUUCAGUUGGGAAUGAAGUAGAGCUUGCUGAGAGUGUUCCUGAUACUGAAUUUUUAGGAUAUGACAUGCUUUCUGCUAAUGCUAUCAUAAAGGGCCUUUUACAAAAUGGUGAACCUGUAACUGAAGUUGCUGAAGGUAGUGACGUAGAAAUCAUGUUGGACAGGACACCAUUUUAUGCAGAAUCAGGUGGUCAAAUUGGAGAUAAUGGCUUUCUGCGCUGCAAAGGAGUUGAAGAUAGCAAAGAUACAGCUAUCGUGGAGGUCAAAGAUGUCCAGAAAUCACUUGGAAAUAUCUUUGUUCAUAAGGGCACAAUCAAAGAGGGUAAAAUAGAGGUUGGCUUAGAAGUGAAUGCUAUAGUUGAUCCAAGACUAAGGCAGAGGGCUAAAGUCCACCAUACUGCAACUCAUCUAUUGCAAGCUGCUCUUAAGAAUGUUAUUGGUCAGGAAACAUCACAAGCAGGUUCAUUGGUAGCUUUUGAUCGACUUCGAUUUGACUUCAACUUCCACAGACCACUCUUUGAACAUGAGUUAAUGAAAAUUGAAGAACUAAUAAAUCAGUGGAUCAACGAUUCAACACUACUUCAAACAAAAGUGAUGCCUUUGUUAGAUGCCAAGAAAGCAGGUGCAAUUGCCAUGUUUGGGGAAAAAUAUGGAGAGCAGGUCAGAGUUGUUGAGGUGCCUGGCGUGUCGAUGGAGCUCUGUGGUGGGACACAUGUCAGCAAUACUUCAGAGAUUCGUGGUUUCAAAAUAAUCUCUGAACAGGGUAUUGCAUCUGGAAUCAGGCGUAUUGAAGCUGUUGCGGGUGAAGCUUUCAUUGAAUAUGUCACCACUAGAGACAACAGCAUGAGACAUUUAUGCUCAGUACUCAAAGUAAAAGCAGAGGAUGUAACUGGUCGAGUGGAGAACAUCCUGGAGGAGCUAAGAAUAGCAAGGAAUGAAGUUUCCGCACUACGCACUAGAGUGGCGAUACUAAAAGCAACAGCUCUUGUGAACAAAGCAUUUAUUGUGGGAACCACCAACAUUAGAGUGGUGGUUGAAUCUAUGGACGACACAGAUGCUGAUUCCCUAAGGAAUGCUGCUGACUAUCUUGUUGAUUCUUUGCAAGAUCCUGCAGCAGUCGUUUUGGGUUCAUGCCCAGGGGAUGGGAAAGUAAGUUUAGUUGCUGCAUUUACUCCCUCAGUUGUCAAAAUGGGGAUCCAGGCAGGGAAAUUCAUCGGAGGUAUAGCGAAGCUGUGUGGCGGAGGUGGUGGCGGCAAGCCCAAUUUUGCUCAAGCAGGCGGAAGGAAGCCCGAGAACCUAUCGAAUGCACUGGAGAAGGCUCGAGUUGAACUUAUUGCAGCUUUGGAUGGAAAAACAAGUUGAUUGUGGUGUUAAAUCCCUUGGUUUUAUGUCAAUUUAUAUUGUAGGAAGACUAGAAACAGUUAUCGAUGCAUAUGAUAGAUGCCUAUCGGUGGCUUGCUUCAACAGAUGAAUUAUUUUGGCUUCCGAUGUAAAUUUGGCAUGCAGACUUGGUUGCCCCAUAUAUAGUGCAACAA